AUGACGGGCUGGACAUCGCACCUCGCUCGGCGAGGCAUCCAGGCUGCCUCAGUGCAGUACUCUGAGGGACCGGACAAUGGUAUCCAGGUCAAGGUUCCGGCAUGGGGAUGGGCUCUAUUCCUGAUCACAGGCGCCAUCUUCGCUGCUGUGGUGUUCACUGCUAACUACACCUGCGGAAUGAUCAUUCCGACCCUGGCGGCUGUGGAAGACCCGAACCCCGAUAUCUAUCUCCAAAUCGAUACCGACCCUAAUGCCCCGAAGCCCGCUGGCGAUGUCGAAGAGCCUCUGCCUCCUGCCCGUCCCAUCACGAGCAAGCUGCGCACGACGAUUCGCCAUCUGCGUGCUCGCGCUGGUCGCUGGUCGACCUUCCGCGGGCUGAGCAUGUUCCUAGCCUGGCUGGUAGCCAGCAGUUUCCUGACUUCUAUCUUCUCGACCCUCUUCGGCUUCUCCUACUUUGGCCGUUCUCUCACCCAGAUCAUCGUGCAGACUCUCCUGGCUAACAUGGAGAUGGCAUGGAUCCAUAUCGUAAUCUCGGAGCCGUCGACCAAACGGUGGUAUAAACGAAUUCCCGGCCGCAACAGCUGGAGGAAGAUCGCCCCCGUCGCAGCCUUGCGGAGCCUUGUGGACCAGGCUUCCUUCUAUCUGCCGCUGGCCCUGGGCCGUGCUUUCAAGGUGCUGCAGCCAACGAAUGGCAGCAACAUGCUCUGGGUGUCAGACGAGCUCCCUCCUGUCAAGGCUCUGGUUGGUGCGAUGGUGGUGAUGAUGAGUAGUCUUGCGGUCGCACUCCUGAUUGAGCUGCCCGCGACCAUGGUCUUCACACGUAUCGCAGCCUCCAUGCUGCCUGAGGAAGAUGAGACUAUUGUGCCCUUUGACCGUACCUUUGGCGGCAAGGUUACCCCCGAGAUUCUGGGCGGUGGCCGCGUGGGCAUUCUCGAUGCCUGGAACAGCUUCGAUUGGUCUUCGCGUAUCCGGUACCUGAAGGCUGUUUGCAAGGCUCUACUGAUCAAUAUCGCUCUGGGAACCGUUUUCGGUUUGAUCCUCCUGGGUGAGGCGCGUCUUAUCCUAGGGGAUGCUUUCGACAAAGCGAAGAGAUCCACAGUCAUGGCCACUACCCCCGCUGGCCGCAUGCUGACCCGUCAGCUGCAGCAGAUGCAAUCCGACAAGGACAUUCCAGGCAUCAGCUGCGGACUGGCGGACAACAACAUCCUUGAGUGGGAGGUAAUGCUGAUGAUUUCGGACGAUGUGAAGCUGUAUGGUGGUGGUUUCUUCCGCGCGAGACUAUCUUUCCCACCGGACUACCCUAUUAUGCCACCAAAGAUGAAAUUUGAGACUCCCAUUUUUCAUCCUAACAUCUAUCCCAACGGCGAAGUCUGCAUUUCUAUUCUACACCCACCGGAGGAAGACAAGUAUGGCUACGAAUCCGCUGCGGAACGCUGGUCGCCCGUGCAGACGCCAGAGACUAUCCUGCUAUCUGUGAUCUCAAUGCUGUCCUCGCCGAAUGAUGAAUCACCCGCGAAUGUGGAGGCUGCCAGGCUCUGGCGCGAAGAUCCCAAGGAGUUCAAGAAGCGAGUGAGGAAGUGCGUCCGUGAGAGUCUAGGAGAAGAGUGA